UUUUAAUGUAUGCUGAUAAUAUGGUUAUUAUCUCAGAAACUGCUGAAGGUCUUCAGAAAAUGUUAAAUUUUGUGUAUUUUUACUCUAAUGAAUGGAAUUUAAGUGCAGAGAAAACAAAAGUUAUGAUUUUUUGUAAUGGUAAAAAAAUAUAUAGUUUUGAUAACAAAUAUGGUUAUAUGAUGGGCAUGAACUUGAAAUUAUAGACAAGUUCAAUUACCUGGGCAUGUCUGUAUCUUACAAUGGCAAAUCUAGUCAAACUCAAAAACACAUUGCAGAUCAGGGAAGAAAUGCAUUGUUUGCGUUAACAUUAAAAUUAAUUAAAGAACCAUAACUUCAAUGUAACUACACAAUUAUUUGUUUUUGAUACAUAAGUUAAAAGUAUUUUGUCAUAUAGAUCAGAAGUUUGGGGCUUUCAUAAAUCCCCGGAAAUUGAAGAAACUACAUUUAAUGUUUUGUAAAAGAUUGCUGGGUGUUCAAAAUUCACUUGUAACCUUUUAGCAUAUUGUGAAUUAGGAAGAUUCCCGCUGAGAAUUUAUAGGUUAUUAAGGAUUUUUAAAUAUUGUUUGAAAAUCAGAAGAAGCGAUAAUUGUAUUAUUAAGUCAUGUUACGAAGAUAUGUGACAACAUUAUGAAUGGGUUGUAAAUAUGAAAAUGAAUUAAGUAGUUUAGGAUUAAAUUACAUGUAUAUGUUUAGAAGUGAUAUGCCUGAUAAAACCAUAUAUUAUAUUAUUGAACAAAGACUAUUUGAUAUUACAAAACAACAGAUAUUUAAUGAUAUUUGUAAAAUGUCUAAAGGUUUCUUAUUGACGAUUUCUAUAUCAAAUAUUAAUUAUGCAAAUCUAUCGAUAGCAAAUAUAAGAAAUAAACUAAAUUUAGAACUUCAUCUCAUAAUCUAGAUAUUGAAAAAGGAAGACAUUAUGGUAUUGCAAAAAAACAAUAAGUAUUGUGUAAAAUGGAGCUUGUCUGUUGUAGAAGACGAAUUCCAUUUCAUUCUUCAAUGUCCAUUCUAUAAUGAACUGAGAACAAAAUAUAUAAAAAGAUAUUAUUAUUAAAGACCAGUACCUUCAAACUGGUUCAAUUACUAAGUGUUAAAAAUUUCAAAGAAUUCAUUAAUUUAGGUAAAUACUUGUAUUUAGCAUGUUUAAAAAGAGAUGCUUAAUUUAGCUUUUGUUCUAUUUAUGUAUACUCUCCUGUGUGAUGUUUGUAUAUAUCAUAUUUAUGUUAUUCUGUUUCUGAUGAGCCGUUUGGCUCGAGGAUAAUAAACAACUUGAACCGACAAGUUGGCAAUUACUAUUCAAUAUUUUUUUUUUAAUUGGACGGUAUAGAUCUGUCCAUUAUUAAAAACUAACGGACAGUAAAUGUUAGCUUAUUGAACACCCGUAACUGCAUAAACUAACAAAGGGUUACGGAACAAAAACGUUUUAAUCUCUGAUGCAUCUUCAAUUUCUAACAGUUUCAGAAAAUACCUGCGGGCUAUCAGACUGAGGCCAAAACAUUGAGAUGAAUUGUAUUAUUAAUUAGAGAAAGUGAGACUAUGGCCUCGGGUCUGAUCUAGUUGUUCCUUUUUCGUGACAAGCAUGGAUGGGUGAAUAUUGAAAAUAUCUACAAUCCGACACUCCCUGAGGAAUCUAGUAGGAAAGAAACAUACCCACAUAGACCAGAGUAAAAGGAGACGACACGGAUAAUGAUAUUUGUGAUAUAUAAGACGCAAUUUUUGUAAAGUUAGAAAAUGCAAUCGUGGGUGAGAAUACAAAGCAAUUAGUAUAUGAAACAGAAAUUUAACCUGCGGGGAAUGUGUCAUCUGAAAUUGACUUGUUCAUAUGAUGCUCAAUUAUAAUAAUACAUAUUACAUCUAAAUUUUCUUGAAACGAAAGUCUGUCGAGUUUUAGAAAUUUGGUGUUUACAUUCAAAUUUCGAAAAUACGAAAUUGCAAACGCGUUCUAUAUUUUGAUGUUUUAAUCUUAGAAUUUUAAUUCAAAAAUUUGAUUUUAUAUUGUUACUAGUUGACUAAAUAUUCAAACUAACUAGAACGCUUUACAGUUUGAUAUUCAAAAUAAAUUAUCGAUUUAAAUAGUUUAGAAUUUUCCCCCGAACUUCAAAGACAUAAAAUAUCGAAACGGUCCAAGCUUUAAAAUAUUUAGAAUUUUAGUUCAAAUGUUUCAAAUGACAAAGUUAUAAAUAUACUUAUUAUUUUUUAUAUUUUGCACUAUUACAAUAUCAAUACAGUACAAGUUUUAGAAUUUGUAUUGUAUCCAAAAGCAAAUACCUAGAUAUGAUUUGGAAGUCUAGCUAGUAUAAGACCAUAACUAGUUUAUUUGCAACAAAUUCGUCCAUAGUUUUGUAUUUUAUAGACUUGGUUUAUCAAUCUACAUGUAAAUGUAUAAUUUACUAUGUGUAAAAUAUUCAGGUACUGGUAGUAUUAAUUUCUUCCGUGAAAUUAUCGUCGUGGUUGAUUUCAAGGAAACCAAAACGAUGUCCAUGAAAUCGAUCCGAAUCCGGAUUCUAGAAUCAUAAUCCCUGUUAUAUCUCUGUUGUAUGCUGUGGCAUUCGUUUAAUUAGCAGUUGUAGACCAUAGUUUAUAUAGAUAAUCUAUAAUCAAUAUUAUACAGCCAUAAAUUACAAUCGUUGUAAAUAAUACCUUGCAACUCACCUCUUUUUAAUAGCUUUAAUUGAUGUAAUGAUUUCUGUAAUUUCCAUAGGCCGUAUGUAGUACUUACAGCGUAUAGAGAUGCGAGCACCCCCUUCCUAGUAACGGAUCAGUGUACUAUUUUUUUAACGAAUAUAUAAAACUACUUAAUUAAAAACAUAAAAAAUAAAUAAAUAAUAAAACCGCUAGGGGGUGUGGUGCGAUUUACUACAUACGACUACAUGUACAGUGUAUAUACGUGGAUAGAAACAUGGCGAUAGCAGGAAAUCCUUGACCAAUGAGUUUGAAGUUCAGCAAUAUCAUGUUUGUUUUAUCUGCCAUAUCGAAUGAAGAAUAAAUUCGACCUUAUAGUACCAUAAUAAUAGUUUACAUGUCAAUUCAUUCAUUCAUGUGAAUUGAAUGAUGUCAAUGAUGUUUUAUGUUACUUUCUCUGACUAUGAUUUUGCUCCAUGUUUGUAGAUUUAUUGUCUACCGUAGCUUAUGGCGACAAUCAAUGUUUACAUUAUACAUUUGUUAGAUAUACAUGUAUAAGGUUAUCUUUAUUUGUGAUAAAAAAAAUAAAUGAAUCAAACCUUUUAAGGGAAAGUCUAUGAAAGUUAGAUAAUGCAAAUUGUUAUAACGAGUAAUUAUCUUGUUAUAACAAUAUAGAAUCUCUUUAUAACGAGUUAAUUAUUUCGUUAUAACGAGUUAGUAUCUCUUUAUAUAUUUAGUUAUCUCUUUAUAUAACAGUUAGUUAUUUCGUUUUAACGAGUUAGUAUCUCGUUAUAACGACUCAGAGUUAGUUAUUUCGUUAUAACGAAUUAAUUUCGUUAUAAAGAAUUAAAUUUUUAAAAAUACGUUUUUAAAAAUGAGCCUAUCUGGCUUUUGUAGAAGUCUGAUUAAGAUUAAAAGUAGAAUAAUGAAUACCUACAUGUACAUGCAUUACUCAUCUUCACAUAUUUGAAUUUCACUGGGCAUUUUGAAUGAAGCGAUUGUAGGUCAAGUCCCUUAACAUUUCCAUAAACUUUUUUCCCCUUCCUAAUCUUGCUUUUCUAAUAAUCAUAGCAAUUUCCUCAUAGAUCACACGAUUAUACGGAAUGCUGUGUCGUCUGUCGACAACGAUUUGUCAGUUGUGAGACUCGUUUUAUAAACCAGGUUCUUAGAAAUUAUGUCGUUUUACUGAAAACGGGAAUAUACACAAGAAUAUACACAUGCAACAGGAAAUAUACCUCGUGUUACACAGUACAGACGAUAAACAAAGAGAUAUCCUGAAACAGGACGCGUUGUUAGGAAGUAUAGUUUCGGCCUGAAUUACAAAAUGCCUUUUAUAAUCAGACGCUUGUUUAUAUCAUUUAUGAGUGUUUGACAAUAAUGGAUGUAUGGAGUAAUCUACAUAUUAUCUCUACAUGUUUAAAGUUUAUCACAAAAUAUUAUUAAACUGUGUGAUACCAGAGACAUAUAUAACUAGUAUAUAAUAGGUCUGGUGAUAUACAUUAUACAUACACUGUACCUGUAUCUUAAAAGGGGACUGAUUCAAGAUUGGAGCUGAAAAUUUUCAGAUUUUAUUUUUCCAUUUUUAAAGUUUGCAAUAGGCCUACUUUAAAUAAGAUUUUCCUAGUGGUCAGCAAAAAUUUGAAUAUAGAUAUUGACAUAAAUUUUGUUUUAGAUAUGAUGUUUUCUAUAAAGAAAUCUACAUAGGCCUAAAUGUAAACAAAUUAAGGGAAACGAGUCUUGUUUAUAUAUCAAAAUAAUAAAAUUUGAAAAUUUGUGAUUUGUUAAAAACAUUUUCUUUUUCUUAGUAAAAUUUGUACCGUUUUCUUAAAGGGGGCGGCAUUACAUCGCUGGUGGGUUUAAGUGUCCACCGCCCCGUAUGGUCAACAGGUCAACGAGUGCCCUCUGUGAUAUCGGUAAUUCAUGAUAUCAAACAGUCAGCUGACGGCCUCAGUUAUAACAGAUACGUUUAUCAAAAAAACCCAGUAUGAUUCUGUUUAGGUUGUCACAACAUAUACUCGUCCCUGUGUCGUUUAACAUGUUUAAAACACUUAAUAAUUUGUAUGUGAUAUUUAUAGCUCACGGAUAUUCUACUGUCGGUUCCUGGUUCUUUUUUCCGUGAUUGGUCAUUCACUCCGUUUCGUUUUGGAGAUUAGAAUGGAAAACAUGCGCAAUUGCUCAUUUCCGCCUACACAUGUUUUUGUGUGAUUUUCAUAAUUUUUUUGAACUUCUGGAUGUUUCGUGUUACCGUGUUAAAGAUUCUAUACACAGAGAAACUGAACGAUAGAUGAAUAUGUCAUCUCAGAACUGUGCAGUACAAGUAAAGAUAGAGCUUGGACAUAGGGCCGCAGUGAAAAAGAUUCCCAGUCCUGAAGGAUUCACGCAUGACUGGACUGUGUAUGUCCGAGGCCCAGAAAACUGCAAUAUUUCCUACUUCAUAGAGAAAGUGGUCUUUAAUCUACAUGCUAGUUUUCAUAAUCCAAAGAGAGUGCUGACAGAACCCCCCUAUGCAGUUCAGGAGCAGGGCUAUGCUGGUUUUGAGCUGCCCAUUGAUAUUUACUUCAAGAACAAGGAAGACCCCAAGAAGAUUCGGUUUAAAUAUGACCUCUUUCUGAAGCUAGAGGACUGUCCUCCUGUAAACCACAUCCGCUGUGAGAAGCUCACCUUCCAAAAUCCAACGGAUGAAUUCAAGAAGAAACUCCUUAAAGCUGGCGGGGUUCUGGUUGGGCCGACAGGAGAACCUAUGGGACAAAUGGGAGAGUUUGUUGAAAUCUUUGAUGCUCCCAUAAGUCUGGAUGGCAGCAAGAGACCCAAGUCAACAUACACCAACAAGGAAAAACCAAGCAAAGACAAAUCAAGUUCAAGUUCAAAAUCAUCAUCAAAGCCCAUGGUAGCUCACAGCACAUUAUCCACUAACUCGAAAGACUCUCUAGGGACUGAGGAAAGAAAGGACAAGCGGUCACCAAAGGAAUCUAGUCAACAUAAACGUUCAUUAGAACCCUCAAGUCAUGAUGGGUCUGUAUUAAAAAAGCCUAAGAGGCCAUCAUCUGUGUCCUCUCCUCCCGAGGUCAAGGUCAAAGACAAACAUAGGUCAAGUGAGAAAAAUAAGCACUCUAAAGAAAGAGAGAAAGAAAGAGAGGGAAGUAAGAUUUCCAAAGAUUCACACAAGGAUCACCACAGACGUGAGAUGGAUUCUCAAGAGAAGGAUUCGAGAGAGCGAGACAAAGAAAAAGUGAAACGUGAGCAUAAGGACAGAGAUGGAAAGAAAGAUGUGUUUAAGCACAAGAAUUUUAGUUCUGUGACAGAUUCACCAAAUCCACCAGCUCAGAAAUCUCACAGCUCGGAGAAAAAAGACAAACAUGUAUCAAAAACAUCAACAGACAGUGUUAGAAAGGAAAUUAAGCAAGACAAUCGAAAGAUGGAGCAGAAAUUUGAUCCAAGCAAACCUAAAAAGUUGGAGAACAGUCAUGUAAGAAAGGAGAACAAAGAAGAAAAAAUAUUAUCUUCAGGUAAAAACAGUUCAAUGAGAGUUGAUAAAAAAGUGGAAAGUACAAAAUCCUUUAGUAAGAUACCCGAUACUUCAAAGAGACCAAGUUUGUCCACCCCAGAAAGAGCACCACCAAAGAAGAGACCAAAGGUUGAGGAUUUGUUUUCUUCAUCUGAUGAUGAGUCAUCUGAGGAUGAGGAUGCAGAUUUUGUUAAGGCUAUUAUUGAGGGUGUUGAGAGGAAUAUGGACAAAAGUGAGAGUAGUGAGUCCAGUUCAGAUUCAGAGUUGGAUGACGCUGUGUUGAGUGUAAGGUCAUCACCAGUUGUUUCAAAACUGUCUCCACUGUCACAGAAAGUUAUGACAAAGUCACCAUCAUCUGUUAAGAAUUCCAGUUCUCAGAAGACAACAAGAUCCAUCUCUCCUGCUUCUGAAAAGAGUUGGUCUUCAAAGUAUUCGCCAACAGGUUCUACACAUUCACAUACAUCAACUUCUCAUAAGCUGUCUUUGUCCAAUGUUUCAACAAAAGAAAAAGACAUAUCUAAGCAUUCCAAGGAAUCCAAAUCACACAAAUCCUCAACAAAAUUGUCUCAUUCUUUGUCGGAGAAGAAGGAGAAAGAACCUCCCCACAGAUCUGAGAAGCAUGCAUCAAAACGAUCAUCUACACCCAACAUGCAUGUCUCAACAGAAAAAGUGGACAGACACUCUAAAUCACAUUCAAAAGAGAGAGUAAGACCAGAAAAGACGUCCCAUGAUAAAAAACCAAAGGAUGUCAAGUUGAUUACAGACAUAAAAAGUGAGAAGAUCGACAGUGUUCCACAUUCGCUUGAAAAGACUGAAUGGAAAGAAAACUUCUACAAGUCGGAGAAUUCCAAAGAAAAUGUGAAGAAUAUUAAAUGUGAAAAAAGUAGAACUUUUAGCAUUGAGUCAAAUGAGCAACAUUAUCUGAAAAAGGAAUAUCUAAGUGAUGACGAUGACAUCGACAAGAGAGAAAAUGUGACUGAAACAUUUAAUUUUGAAAAUGGGUAUGAACAUUUGGGAAUUGCUCCCAAUGGAGAAGACUUGAUAGAACUGCUCAAGCUACACAAAAAGCUGGAGUCAAUGCAAGACACGUCAGUAAUUCAGAGAGUUGUACAAGAAAUUAAAAAUACAGGUCUGUACAAAAUCAGUGAAAAAACUUUUGACUUUGACCUUUGUGAACUUGAUAGUUCAACUGUAAAGAAAAUUCAUACUUUUCUCUGCUCUGUUUAGAGGUAAGCAAUAAGGUGUGUACAUGUUCUGAGAAAAUGCAAGUUUGACCAGACAGCCAUUUGAAUAUCUUGUGAAUCCUUAUUAACAAUGAUCUCGAGGAUAAGUUCUCAUGUCCAUUGUGUAUUAUUUAUUUAUUGACUGGAAAUACAAAUUAACAUGUAAAUCUAAACAAAGUAUUUUUCUUUCUUUAUGCUGAACAAAUAAGUAUCUGGAUCCUGCUGAAUUAGGUCUUCAAAUCAGAAAUGAAAGUACUUGUCAGUGAAUAGAUUCUCAGUUCAAUUUUUUAUACCCCAAAGAUCAAAUUAUCAGGUUGCCUGUCUGCAACUUUAACCUUGGUCAGAACAUUUAAACUACAAAAAUCUCAUAGUUCAUGAUUUGAAAGGUCAAGGUCAAAGCCCUGAAAGGUAUGACUGAUAAAGGUCAAGGUUAAGAAAAUUGACCAUAAUUGAAAUUGGCUUCACUCGGGGACGAAGUGUUUCACAAACACAUCCUUUUUUCAUUUGAAUUAAUUCACAGAAUAUAGUUGAUAUUUGUAACAAUCUCCUCAUCUAUCUUACAAAUGAAAUCCAGAUACAUGUAUGUAAUCUCCUGUUGCAAUCGUUUUUCAUUGUAUCACUCAUUUGUGUUUAUCAGAAAAAUAGGUUUAUGGUUUUGUUGCACGUAUGCAAAGUAAAAAUGGCAUUUUGUUAAGGUAUUCAAUGGUUCUUAAGAACUGACUGAAUUGAAUGGAUUUACAAGGACCAAGCAUUGGAUAUGCUAUAUGUUAGUGUUGAAACCUGAUUUAUGACCUAUACAGUAUGCCUUAGAUAAAAUAAUAUCUUAUUUUACCUAUUCUGUAGCAAAAUCACCGGACACAGUAUUACAUGUGUGUACAAUUAGGGAAUUUCUUAAUAAGUUUGUUAUCGUGAAUCUUUGGCAAGUAUUUUUCAUGAUAGUAUUUCUUAGCUACUGUUACAAUAGUUGUUAUGUAGUACUAAUUUCUCAGCUAUUACAAUAGUUGUUAUGUAGUACUAUUUUGAAAUUUGUUUUGAUCUCAGUUCACCUUGAUAUCUUCUUGAAAUGCAUGUAUAAUGUUGUACCAUGAUAAUUGCUUAAAGAAAUUGAUAACAACCCCUAUACUUAUUUACUGAAAAAUGUCUGUGCAAUUUUGAUGAGGUAUUUGCUUAUAAUGCCAAUAGUCUCAGUUCUUAUAUGAUGUGUUCAUUUUUAUGAUUGAUAGGUCUCCAUAAGUGCUGGAGAUGGUAUCAUUAAAACAAAUAUUAUUUACAUUAACUUUGUAAAAUAUGUUGUUUAAGUCCUUUUAGAAAAUUCUUAAAAUUAACUUAAUUCUUUAUACAUACACGUGGCUUUAUGUUACUGUUCCAUGUUAAAACCAUGUUUACAGCUAUGAGCAUGUAGGUCAGAUAAGUCGCAAUGUCUGAGUAGUAGGAAAUUUCAUGUUGAAGUAUUGAUUUUCUUGCCAAUUUUCACUGCAUUUGUAAGUAUCUAAAAAGGGAUUAUCAUUGGAAGGGGGGGGGGGGGGGGGGGUGUUGAGAAGCAUUUGUCACUGAAAACACAAUUUUUCAGUUUUCGUACAUAUUUGAAUAUUCAGAAAUAGACCUUGUAGUUGUGUGCUUUUGAUGCAAUUUGUUGGCAGAUUAAAAUUGAUGCUAAAUAUACUGAAGUAAAAGUUCAUAAAUUAAGAAAGAUCCUAGCUUUUGUAAAUUUUCUAUAUAUUUGUAAAUAGCACUUGAGGUGAAAUCACUGCACAGCAUCAAUGUACAUAUAUAAUCAGUACUAUAUUUCAACACAUAAAAGUGAGAAUUUUGAUUUUGCAAGGGAGGCUGCGUAAAUUUAUGGGAAUAUGACUUGCUUUCAUAUUAUAAGGAAUCAACAGUACCAUUUAGGUGUUUAUUUUCUUCCAUCCGAAUAAUCCAUGUCCUCAAAUUGAUGCUACCAGUAAGUGCUAUGUAUAUUGUAAUUAGACUUCCUGUGUAGUAAGUGGCUUAGGUUCUGUAGUGUUAUUUAUUUUAUUAUUUUUUGUUUGUUUCGUUUUGUUUUUUGUUGUGGAAUAUUUCAGUUUGAUAUGUUUGACACAGCUGAUGCUACAGUAACUUGUCUGUUCUAGCAGUUUCUCAAGUUUUUUAAGUUACAUUAUACAUGUACAAUGUUUCCAAAGCUGUACUGUAAAGGCAGUUUUCUGAAACUGAACAGGUAUUUCAUCAAUUAUUUUUGACUCUGUAUUUAUGAAUGUCUUUUGUUUGGUUUUCACAUAUCAAUAUACAUAUUUAAUUCAACCCACCUACACUGUGCCAUUCAUGAACGUUUGACAUUAUAGUAUUGAUUUUGGUUUUAAGAACUUAAAUGCUGUAUUGUAUAGUUAUGUUAAGGUGUAUCGGUAAAUCAUAUCGAUUUGAAAUAACCAGCAAUUUAAAGUUUUGAUGGCUUUCACUUUGUCAUUGUCGGUUACCUUUUGCAUCUGAUAUACAUUAGUUUGCGUUGAAGACAAAAAGCUUGACGUUGUUUAUCAUCUUUAUAGAUGAAUGAAAUAACUUACGACUUACGGGUGAUGUCAAAUAUUUGAAUUAAAAAAAGAAAGAGAAAGGAUUAAGACGUCUUAUCUUAGUGUCAAUUUUUGUUUAGAAGGUUGUCAAGAAGGAACUAUUUUUUUUGUAUGCAUGAAGCCAUUCUUUACACCUGUAGUUUUGUUACGUCAUUUGGUAGCUACUUCUCUUUUGUUUUUCUGUCAUCACAAUUGGUGCUUAAAAUGUUAUCACAUAUUGGUUGGAAAUAAAAUCAUGAAACGAA